AUGUCGCAAUCUGUCCCAGCGGAGAUUCUCAUCAUUGGAGCCGGCGUCUUUGGUUUAGGCACAGCAUAUGGCUUGGCGAGGAGAUCCGAGUUCAACAACAGCAAGAUCACGGUGCUGGAGAGGGUAGAGUUUCCCGGUAAGAUCCAAUAUGUAUUUUUCUAUACGUUCGCUUCCUCGACAGCAGACAUGCUAAUGGCAUGGACAGCACCCGAUGGCUCCUCAAUCGACAGCUCCCGCAUCAUCAGAGCAGACUACGCAGACCUUCCGUACGCCAAACUUAUUUCCGAGGCUAUGCCUCACUGGAGAGGCGAGUUCGGCGCAGAGGGCCGCUACACACAGAGUGGGCUGGCUCUGAUCUCCGAGCCGACUCCAGACCGUGAAGCUGCCAAUUUCCUGAAGGGUGCUCUACAGAAUGUCACGGAGAAAUUGGGCCUGAAGGUCGGCAGGAGGGAAGACGGGGGCGAGGUUACGGUAUUUGAGGACGAGGCCGGUGAGAAGCCCAAUGUGUGUCAGAGUCGUGGCGUUCGAAUGCUGAGAGACAGACAGGCGCUCGGGAAGUGUACGGCAACACUACUGGUAAGUCAAAAGACAUCAUGGAGGUAGCGGUAGAACUGAUGAAGCUGACAAUGAUUGCACAGGUGGCUUGGUUGGCACUAGAGGCUAUGUAUGUCCAGUCCUCUUCCCCGUCCCAUCAUCUCCAUCUCCCCCAUAUACUCACGUUCAACGUCGUUUCAGGUCAACUGGACAUCAGGCUGGGCCCACGCCGAAAACGGCAUCAGAUUCAUGCGCAAGAAAAUCGAAGCAACCGGGCGCGUGGCCUUCCGAACCGCAGAAGUAAAACGCCUCCUGUUCAACGCCUCCGCCGUCCAAGGAGUCGAAACCGUCUCCGGGGAAGAAAUCACCGCCGACCUCACAGUCCUAGCAGCGGGACCUUGGUCGGGCAAACUCAUCGACCUCCGUGGCAUCGCCUCCGCCACCGGCCAAGUGUUGACCUACAUCGACAUCACGGAAGCCGAAGAGCGACGCUUCAGCAAGCCUCACCAUCCGGUCAUGCUCUGCGAAAACGACGGCCUCUUCAUCAUCCCCCCGCGAAAUCGCAUUCUCAAAGUCGCACGCCAUGGCUAUGGCUAUGCGAAUCCCGUGACGAUCCCACAUCCUGAAAAGGCGGGCGAGGAAAUCACCAUUUCCGUGCCGAGGACGAAACUGGACGAUCCGAAUCUGGGCGUGCCUGCUGAGGGAGAAGCAGCUUGCAGGGAAUUCUUGAAGAAAGCCAUCCCGUCGUUGGGAAAUAGGCCUUUUACUCAUAAGAGGAUCUGUUGGUACAUGGUACGGCUUUUUCCUGAAACCCCCCUAUUUGCUGGCUCUGGACUCGAUAAACGCUGAUUCUUGCGUAGGAUACGCCCGAAGGCGACUAUCUCAUCACUCACCAUCCGAAAUAUAGAGGUCUCUUCGUCGCUACUGGGGGAAGCGGGUACGUUUGACGGUCCUCUUCCGCUGCGCCUGGCUCCUGCAUACUGACGACUGUCUCAGCCAUGCCUACAAAUUCCUCCCUAGCAUCGGCGAACGCAUCGUCGAUGUGAUCCAAGCCAAGGACCGCGACGAACUCGGCGCCGAACUCCGUCAACGCUGGAACUGGCCCCAGAGAAUACAAGAAGACCAUGUCUGGACGAACGACUGGCGAGGUUCAGGGCCCAAAGGUCUCAUCCUCGAAGAGGAAUUUCAGAAGACAAUGUCGGCGGAGCAGGCGAAAUCGUAG